AUGUUCGUCAUUAAGAAAUGCAAAGCGCCAGUCAUGUGCUCGAACAGGCCUAUGAUUUCAAACCGCCUACUUGUGACCUUAAUUCUAGGUACUUGUGUACUCAUGAGUUGGGGCGCACCAAUUGCCGAUGGUUCCCGUAAAGAACCCAACAAGCCUAUUACAACAGUUUCCAGGGUCGUGAAUGGCAUUCCGGUGGCGGACGACAGUGAGUAUCCGUUUGUGGUUGACCUUUCUGCACGUCCCGUGGCCAUAUCGUCAUCAAGAUUCUGCACCGCUACUCUCAUCCGCCCGAAUAUUCUUCUGACGGCAGCUCAUUGCGUCCUUAACGAUGGAUACCCGAAGCACGUAUAUGCGACUGUCGGGAGGAUCGAACUAAAUGACCAUCACAAGGCAAAUGAGAAAAAGAAAACGUUUCAGACCAUUGCCAGCAUCGUUCAUCCAAGAUACAGUGGGGUGGGGUCACCAAAUGACAUUGCAGUCAUGCUUCUGAAUGAGUCUUCUAAAGCCGCACCAGUGUCGCUGUCGAAGGUGACCCCGAAAAUCGACUCAAAAGCUUGGGUCGUAGGAUACGGAAUCAAGGAUAUUGGCACUGUAGAAGAGGCCGGACAGCAUGUAGAACUGAUGUCUAGACGACUUCAAAAGACGGCGGUUCGGAUUAAAAAGAAAUCCUUUUGCGACGUGCCUGGCACUGAGAUGAAGACUCCAGAUGGUAUGUUGUGCACCGCUGGUGUCAAGAAAGAAUCAUCGGCGUGCAAAGGGGAUUCAGGUGGAGGUCUAUUUAUCCACCCCGCUGAAAAGCACACAACCGACACGAAAAACAAACCGAAGGAAACGAUUCAGGUCGGGGUCGUCAGCUAUGGAGAUGCAAAAUGUAUGUCUGAAGAUUCUGGCGUCUUUACGGACGUGGCAAGCGGGAGAGACUGGAUCAAUAUGGCCGCAUCUAAGUUGGACAAGGCGUUUUCAAUUCUUCGUUUGAACAUGGACGGCGAAGCAUCAGUGUCAACUCUCCAUUCCGGGGGGCAGGCUUCCGAAGACAAGAUGCCGUUUGCGACAAGGAUGACCACUACAGAAUAUGGUGGCAUGUAUCAAGACACCACUUUUUAUUCAAUCCACACUGACUUCAAGAAGGAGAAGCACGUUUCUGCUUCGCUUUGUGACAAGUCUCGCGAGCCCAAUGCCAACCUUCUCAUGAUCAGCUCUGUUGAGAGUAAAGUUGCCGAAGAUACCAACAGCACAUUGUGUCCAUCAGGAAAGCUCUCGACCUUGUCCUUUCGAUCCAGUAAGGGGACGUACGUUAUCGGUGUGAGAUCGUCGUCCAAGGUACCCUUAAAAUUAGAAGUAGCUUCUUCUGCACAUGCGUAA